CGCACGCACACGCGCGCUAUCACACGCUCACGUUCUCACUCUGCGUAGACUGGCGCUCAGGUCGGACACACCGGGAAUGGGAUCUUUGGCGAAGAAAACCUUCCAAUUUUUCCGAGUUUAUGCUCUCCAGAGGCUCCUUUUUAUUUUGCGGGAAUAAUUACAGGUAGCACGUUGUUCUCAAAUGUGAGGGAGAGAGUAAAAAUGUGGUGAAAUGUAAAAAGUUGCUAUAGAAAAGACAACGAAUGGGAUAAUAAGUGCAAUUCGGAUCAUGUAAAAGACUUUAAACAUCUGGAUAGAUUCCCCGCACAUCAUCAAGGUUAAAAAGAUUUUCCUAUUUUUUUUUUUUUUUUUUAAAUUCACUAACAAUAAUCUGAUCCAUAAUCUGGGUUGAGCUGAAUUAGAUACAGAUAUAACACGAAGGAAACAAGCAGGUUCUAAAGAAAGUUUCCUGAAAGUUGCUGUGCGUCUUUGUGCAUGGAGAGAGGCAUUGGGUGUGUAUCAAGGUUUUCAUUAUGGCUAAAUGGUUUAAAGAUUUCCCUACUCUGAAAACGGGCUCGGACCGACUUCGCUCAGCAUCUGAAUCCGGAGCGCAGACGAGACCCAGAGCGGCGCAGAGCGCAGGAACCGGAGCCAAAGCGACUCCGCGGAAAAACUCGGAGAACGCCGGCGGAGUCGGUUCACUUCUCUCCGGGAGAAAUCGCAAAAACUCGGCCGUUGAACUGGGCCGAAACCACUCGAGUCCGGGCUCCGUCAAGGAUGCCAAGAUAUGGGAGAUACUGAUACCAGGGAAAAGUAAGAAGAAUGUAAAGAUGGAGGGUUUUGAGGAUCACCGGACGUUGAGGACAAGCGCCAUCGCCGACGCGUACAUGAGCCGAAUGAUCAAAGUGGACAAACAGGACAAAUGGCAGGAGAAGAAAUACAACAGCUCUGCUGCUGAAGGCACCGUGAGCGACACAGAGCGCGGAAAAACACCUGUUAAAACCGAAACGUUGAUUAUCUUGGAGGACUACGCAGACCCUUUUGAUGCUGAGAAAACGAGAGAGCAGAGAGAAGCUGAAAGAGAAGGAGAGAAUGAUGGAUAUAUGGAGCCUUAUGAUGCCCAACUCAUUAUCACAGAGAUUCGUCGACGUGGAUCCAAGGACCUACUGAAGGUGUGUGUGGUGUUGAAUGGAGGAGAAGGAGAAGGGUCCGGAUCCACACAGAUCUAUGACGUGCCAUAUGAGGAGGUUUUGGAGGGCAUCCCUCUGACCCGGCCGGAGUCUGACCCCCGACCCCCUGCAGAGUACGAACUCCCGUGGGAGUGGAAGAAGGAGCAGAUCGUUCGAGCACUGUCAGCUCAGUUUGACGGUGUGGAGAGGGUGUGUAAAGAGGAUGCUGCUCCCACUGGUGUUAAACAACAGACUCUGCGAUCUGUGAAGAGCUGGACCCCCAAAUCGCUUCGCCUGUCCCCUCCAUCCUCCCCGAAAGCCAGCCCGGACUCCGAGAGCCAUAAAGUGGACCCCACUGUGCCCCUCGAGCUACAGAGCUGGUAUCAUGGCAGCAUCAGUCGUCAAGAGGCUGAGGCUCAGCUGCAGAACUGUAAGGAAGCCAGCUUCCUGGUGCGUGACAGCGAAUCAGCCACCAGCAAAUACUCCAUUGCCCUCAAGACCAGCCAAGGUUGUGUGCACAUUAUUGUAGCACAGACCAAAGAGUGUGGUUAUACACUGGACCAGAGCAGCUGUGUGUUUCCCAGCAUACCCGAGGUGGUGCACCACUACUGCACCCAGCGUCUGCCCUUCACUGGAGCUGAGCACAUGACCCUUCAGCAUCCUGUACCCCGUUCCCACUGAUCGGAACACGAAACACACAUCUCACUACAGCUGUGCAUGUCAUCCAGUUCCCUACAUCGCCCUACAGACACACACUAAAAAAUCCUACACAGCAGUUAACGUGUAAAUGACUCCACAUAAAUAUGCACCAGCGGUCGACUGCAUGGAAUCUGCUCUGAUAAGAACCCCAACCUUAUACUCAUCCUUCCCUCCUUUAUAUUAGUGUCUGAUUAUUUUUUCUGUAUUUCUGUCUUCCUGAAUUUAUUUUCCCACCCCGAACCAAAGCCAUUAGUCAUGUACUAACCUCGAAUGAUCCAAAAAGGGAAAUAAUUCUUCACAAGGGCUAAAGUUUAGACACAGCAUUGUAGAUUAGUUCAUUUCUAAUUUGUUUUUAAAUAUGAUUCCUUCCUUUACAUCCUACUUUUCUCCCUCACUGGUGCCUUCUAGCGUUUCUGGGUUUCUAAUCACCACUCUAUUAAAAGUGCUUCUUCUUUAAUGAUGCUUCUCUUCUGGAGGCAGAAAAAACACUAAUGAGACUCCUGAUAUGCUCAUUUGCGACCCCUGUUGACUUCAGUCACACACUGCAACAUGGAUUCUGUUAUUAGGACCUGCUCUUAAAAAUAUAGAUAUUUUGCCAAAGCAUUCAAUAAAUGAAUGAAUGAAUGAAUUAAUCAAUCAAUGAGUCAGUCAAUCAGCUUGACCUUUGUCAUUUAGGCUUCCUACAUUAAUGUCCGUACAUAUAAAAGAGACACAUCUCGUUUGUGUUGUUUGUUUGUUGUGUCUUAUUUUUAUGUCUCAUAAUUAAAAGAUAUCUUUUCUGA